AUGCGUGUCCUUCUCCUACUUUUCCUGCUCUUCCAGCUCCACCGUUCCACCGCCGCAAGACCACCGCGCAUGACGGAGUCUGCUGCCCUACUCUCGAUCAAAUCCGCUAUCACUGAUGACCCACUGUCGGCUUUGUCCUCCUGGAACACUUCCACCAGCCAUUGCACUUGGAAAGGCGUCAUUUGCGAUGCCUCCGGCCGCCAUGUUACCGCUGUUGAUAUAUCUAACCUGGGCCUCACCGGAACCCUCUCCUCGGACGUUGGCCACCUACGGUUCCUCCUCAACCUCAACACCGCCAAUAAUAGCCUCUCUGGUCCUAUCCCUCCUGAAAUCUCCAACAUUUGGAACCUCCGCUACCUUAAUCUCUCCAACAAUAACUUCAACCUUAGAUUCCCCAAAGAGCUCUCCCGCUUGAAAAACCUGCAAGUUCUUGACGUUUACAACAAUAAUAUGACGGAUGUCAUUCCAACUGAAGUGUCUUUACUCACUAAUCUUCGCCAUUUACAUCUUGGAGGAAAUUUCUUCUCGGGCCGGAUCCCGCCAGAGUACGGCACAUUCCCUAAUCUCGAAUAUCUCGCAGUUUCCGGCAACGAGCUCACCGGAGAAAUCCCAAAAGAGCUCGGGAACCUGACUCGGCUUAAGGAGCUCUAUAUUGGGUACUACAACACAUUUUCUGGUGGUUUGCCCAAAGAAAUCGGAAAUUUGUCCCAGUUAGUAAGAUUUGAUGCCGCCAACUGUGCACUUUCAGGUUCGAUUCCGGCAGAAAUUGGGAGGUUACAGAAUCUGGACACACUAUUUCUUCAAGUGAAUGUUCUUUCGGGGCCCUUGACUCCCGAAAUUGGGGAUUUGAAGAGCUUGAAAUCAAUGGAUCUGUCGAACAACAUGCUUUCCGGUGAAAUACCACCGGCAUUUGCCCAGCUGAAAAAUCUGACUCUCUUAAAUCUUUUCAGGAAUAAGCUCACCGGGUCAAUACCGGAGUUCAUCGGGGAGUUACCGGAGCUGGAGGUGUUGCAGCUAUGGGAAAACAACUUCACUGGAAGCAUCCCUCAGAAUCUAGGCACCAAUGGGAAUAUGCAAGAAGUAGAUGUUAGUUCGAACAAACUAACUGGAAAUUUGCCACCCAACUUGUGUUUUGGCAAUAAGCUUCAAAUAUUGAUUACAUUAGGGAACUUCCUGUUUGGUCCGAUCCCGGAUUCAUUGGGUCAGUGCGAGUCACUGAGUCGAGUUCGGAUGGGUGAGAACUAUCUCAAUGGGUCCAUUCCAAGAGGGCUCUUGAGCUUGCCUAUGCUAACUCAGGUUGAGCUUCAAGAUAAUCUUUUAUCUGGUACAUUUCCAGUGACUGAAAAAUUGUCCAUGAGUCUUGGGCAAAUUAGUCUAUCCAACAAUCAUCUCACCGGACCUUUGCCCCCGAGUAUUGGGAACUUUGCCGGUAUUCAAAAGCUUUUGCUUGAUGGCAACAAGUUUUCUGGUCAGAUUCCGGCCGAAAUUGGGAAAUUGCAGCAGCUGUCAAAGAUGGAUUUCAGCCACAACAGUUUUUCAGGCCCUAUCGCUCCGCAGAUAAGUCAGUGUAAGGUCUUGACCUUUGUUGAUCUCAGCCGGAACCAACUUUCAGGUGAUAUACCAACUGAGCUAACUACUAUGAGGAUUUUGAACUAUUUGAAUUUAUCGAGAAAUCAUUUGGUUGGGAGCAUUCCUGCAUCAAUAUCUAGUAUGCAAAGUUUAACUGCAGUUGAUUUUUCGUAUAACAAUUUGUCUGGUUUGGUUCCUGGAACUGGUCAGUUCAGUUACUUCAACUACACUUCGUUUUUGGGUAAUCCGGAUCUUUGUGGCCCAUAUUUGGGACCUUGCAAGGCCGGCAUUGUUAAUGGAGUCCAAAGGCCACAUGAGAAGGGGACUUUCUCUCCUUCCAUGAAGCUUUUGCUUGUAAUUGGGUUGCUUGUUUGUUCAAUUGUGUUUGCUGUGGCAGCAAUUAUCAAGGCCCGAUCAUUGAAAAAGGCUAGCGAAGCCCGAGCCUGGAAGCUUACUGCUUUCCAGCGCUUGGAUUUUACUAGUGAUGACGUUUUGGAUUGCUUGAAGGAGGAUAAUAUUAUUGGGAAAGGAGGUGCUGGUAUUGUUUACAAGGGGGUAAUGUCGAAUGGCGAAGAGGUUGCUGUAAAAAGGUUACCGGCGAUGAGCCGUGGUUCCUCACAUGAUCACGGGUUCAAUGCUGAGAUACAGACUCUAGGGAGGAUUAGGCACAGGCACAUUGUUAGAUUAUUGGAGUACGCCUACACACUCAAGGUUGAUGAGAAGAGCGAUGUGUACAGCUUUGGUGUAGUUCUCUUAGAACUAGUAACUGGUCGAAAACCAGUUGGGGAGUUUGGCGAUGGUGUCGACAUAGUGCAAUGGGUAAGGAAAAUGACGGACGGCAACAAGGAAGGGGUGCUCAAAAUCCUCGACCCGAGACUACCUACAGUUCCCCUUCACGAGGUGAUGCAUGUAUUCUACGUUGCAAUGCUGUGUGUCGAAGAACAGGCUGUUGAACGACCCACCAUGCGUGAAGUUGUACAGAUACUCUCUGAGCUUCCUAAACCGCCAAGCAGCAAACCGGAAAACUCAGCCACCACUGUUUCCCCUCCACCACCGUUGUCGACUUUAGAGUCACCAAAGGACACAAAAGACCAUCAGCCUCAAACUCAACCACCACAAUCACCACCACCAGAUCUUCUUAGCAUUUAA